AUGGAGAUCAUAUGCAGAAACAUAACGAACACUUACUUUGACUAUAGAAAAGAAAUAAAAAGAAAAAAAAAUCGAUUUAAGUUAUCAGCAUAUGAACAGUUAGAAGAUGAAGAGUCAGGUAAGGAAAAUUUACUUCAAUGUGAGAAUAAUGAUAUUGAAAUGCAAGAGCAAAGUUUGUUACCUCCAAAUUGGAUUGAAGCAGUAGAGGAAUGUUCAGAAGACAUAAAUAAUAUAAGAAUGAAAUUAAUAGAAUUGCAAAAAUUGCAAAAAAAUAAAUUGCUCAAUGUUUUAAAUAAUGAUGAAAAGUUAGUUAGUAAUAUUAGUCAUAUAUCUACUGAUAUAACAUUUUUAAUAAAGAAUUGUGAAAAAAAAAUACAUAGUAGUAUAGUAUCAAAUGAUGAAACAGAUGAUAAAACGAAUAUAAUUGAAAAAUUAAAAAAAAAUGCAAAGAGUAGUUUAAUAUCACAACUUCAAUCGGUAUCUCAAGCAUUUCAUAAGAUACAAAAGAGUUAUAUAAAGGAGUUUAAAAAGUUAACAAAUGAAUAUGAUCAAUUAGAAACAUAUGAAAGUUGUAGUACACAAGAACAACUCUUAUAUGAACAAGAAAAUCAAGUCGUCAACUCAACAAACAUUACUAAAAGAAAUAAUGAUUUAAAAAAAAUUGCUGAUACUGUUGUUGAUUUGCAUCAUAUCUUUAAAGAAUUAUCUGUGAUGUUAGUUGAUCAAGGGUCCCUACUAGACCAAAUAGAUUACAACAUGGACAUUUCGUUAAGUAAAAGUGAAAAAGGAUUAAAUAAAUUGAAAAUUUUAGAAAAGCGAGAAAACGAAAAAAUAGCUGCCAAGUGUAUAUCCUUCCUUACCUCCUUAAUAUUUGUUUUACUAAUACUCAUCAUUUUGAAGCACGUGUACUGA